UUCAAAGAAGACGAAGAUAUUUUAUGUGGUUUUAGCGGUCGUAAACUACGAAAGUUGGAUAUCAGAAAACACUCAGGCGGUUUUCGAUUCUCUCAGAACUUUCCAGAUAUUUCUUUAGUUCUCCUUUCCACUGCUAACAGUUCUCCUUUCUUCCUUUCCACUUCAUCGUACUCUGUUCUCCCCUCUCUUUUAUUGAGAAAUAGGGUUUCCUGUUAUGCUAUUACUGAAUAGGGAAUCUGAAAAUGGUUGAAGUUGAAAUAGAACCCGACGUGGAGGUAGGAGCGGCGGAGAAGAAGAAGAAGAAUGACGAAAAAGAUGGAUCCUUGGAGGUUGUUCGAUGGGAACGAUUCUUACCGCGAAUGGUUCUUAGAGUGCUUUUAGUCGAAGCCGAUGAUUCCACUCGUCAGAUUAUCGCCGCUCUUCUUCGUAAAUGCAGUUACCGAGUUGCGGCUGUUUCCGAUGGUUUAAUGGCGUGGGAGACUUUAAAGGAUCGACCUCAUAACAUUGAUCUUAUAUUGACUGAAGUAGAGUUGCCUUCAAUGUCUGGAUACGCGCUUCUUACUUUGGUCAUGGAACAUGAUAUCUGCAAAAAUAUUCCAGUUAUAAUGAUGUCAUCGGAAGAUUCAUUUAGCAUGGUUCUGAAGUUUAUGUUAAAAGGUGCAGCUGACUUUCUUAUCAAGCCUGUUCGGAGGAAUGAGUUGAGGAAUCUGUGGCACCAUGUUUGGAGAAGACAAAUGCUAGUCGGUGGAUGUUCUCCGCAUAAUCUAACUGCUACAGAACAUAAAGUUGAAGCCGCAGCUGAGAACAAUGCUGUGAGUAACCAAUCCACUGAUGAUGGAUCAUCAACAAAGAAAAUCAAAGAAAAGAGUGCUACCCAAGUUCUUUCGCAAUGGAAGUGUACGAGUUCAAAUCAUAGUGAUACAGGCAGAGUGCAGCUGGGAAAUGUUGUCAAGCUGGGUCAAGAGUCGUUUGAAAAUAUGGGCCAAGCGGAAGGGAUAUCUGGGAAGCUAUUUUCAACUGAAAAUUCAAAGAGAUUUGUAAAGGAGGUAGCUCAUUGCAGUGACACUGGUGAAUCCAUUGCAUCAAAAUUGGAAGAAAACUCUGCUUUCUUUGAAGGGAUCACACAUGAUACUGUUGGACUAGAAAGUGAAGGAGGAUCUGGGUAUUUUUCUGCGAGAGUUGGAUGCAACAACAAAUUAAUGGAAUCUCCCACUGGAGCUAUUGAUUUAAUUGCUUCAUUUGAUAAACACCCUAGGAGCAACUUUUCAAUAAGUGAUGGUGGAGACAAGUCUGAAUGUUCUCCUCAGUUGGAGCUUUCUUUGAGAAGAUCUUGUUUAGUGAGCACAAAGAAUCAAGGUUCCAGUGAAAAGCAUGUACUAAACCAUUCUGAUGCAUCGGCCUUUUCAUGGUAUAAGAAUAGGAAGUCGUUGCAACCCAUUUUCCCUGCACUAGAUGGCAACCAUGCUGCAUUGAAGGUGGAUGACAGCAAACCCAUACGAGACUUGGAAAGUAACAACAGCAUUUCUCAACCUCAUGUUGUUACAACGAGUGAUAGUUGGGAGAACCUUCCUAGUUCAGUUAAAGGCCAAUCUGACAUAACAUAUUCAAACACCCCACCAGGGGUGUUUUCUGUUACGGGUGUGAGGAGGGAUGAUAUGCAUGCUGGAUGUAAUAAUAUCCUCCCACACUUUUAUCGUACACAAUCAGGUUUACCCUCUUCAUGUAGUCCCAAACAUGCAGCAAAGCAAGAAUAUGCUCCCAUUCCUGUGAGCACCUCGGUGCAUUCAGAUCCUGAUUUUCAUGACUCAGAACAAGGUUACCACUGGUCUGAUGAAACAACCAAUUCUUCUGUUGUUCAAACUGUUCAAGGGCAGGAAAAACAGGAGCCCGUUGAGGAACUAAGGUGCAGUUCUCUUAUUGACGAUCAGAGUGCUUGCAGUCAUUUAUGUAAUGAUGUCUCAGAUAAUGAGAAGAGCUCCGCACAUGGUGUUAUGAGUUGGGGCAAUGCAAGUACUAGGGCUGCUAUUGCUGCUGCAAUUGAUAAAACCACAGAGAUUUCCAAUAGCAGCAAUCGCUUUGUGCAUGAUGGAUUAAAAGGGAUGGAUACUCAUCACACCAGCCAAAGAGAAGCCGCUUUGACAAAGUUCCGACUUAAGCGGAAAGAUCGAUGUUUUGAGAAAAAGGUUCGAUAUCAGAACCGGAAGCGACUGGCAGAGCAGCGUUCCCGAGUAAAAGGACAGUUUGUCAAGUGCAACAUGACACCCACACCCCUGUAGAUGAUGGCAAGGAGCUUAAUUCUUGUGAAAACAUGAAGCCAUAUAAUUUAUGUUGCAAGCAUCUUCAAGAAGUUUGACUUGGAAGAAAGAAGGAUCAUAUGAUAACCGAAAUAUUUUGGAAGUAGGGAGGUAGUCUUGAUCAUUUUCCUGUGUGAUUGAAAUGCACAUUGGACAACUGACUUAUUGUAGUUAGGCAGGUUAGUUGUAUAUAUAUAUAUAUACAUAUACACUAUAAUUUGCUUCAAUAUAUGGGCCUUUAAUAU